AUGGCACGGUGCUACUGUCGCUGGCGCCGAGUGUUAAUCUGCGUGUGCACGCCAUGCAUCUCCCUGGUUCUCCUGUUUGUCUACAUUUCUGUCAUGGUGUGUAUGGACAUGCACAUCACCACAUCAGUGCAGCCGAGCAUGGACAGUGCUCACUUUGUGGCCUCAGGACUUUUGAUAAAUAACAGCUUUGCCCCACUUCCAAAAACUUUCUGGAAACUCCACCUGCAGGAUGCCUAUUGGAACCGCCUUCAGCUGACAGUUGAUCGCUAUUUCAACCCCAUCCUGCGGCCCAACAACUACAAAAGGCGAUAUGAAAAUAGUUCUCUUCAUGAGUCUGCACUGAGGCUGGGUUUCUCUUCAGUUACAGACUUGAAGAGCACAAGCCAAAACUUUGACCAGCUACCACAGCAAAUGCAAGACUUUAUAAGCUACAUGCAAAAGAGAUACUACCCAACCCUCAUACAACCAGAUGGAGUAUGUGGAGCUGGGGUAAAGGAUGAGAAGGAGCCCCCUCUGCUUCUCCUCGCCAUCAAGUCAACAAAGAUAAAUUUUAAGCGCCGGCAGGCCAUUCGACAGACCUGGGGCCAGACGGGAUGGGUAGCAGGACAGAAGAGCAACAGCAGCGAAGGAAAAGAAAGUGGGGGGUAUGUCCGCAGGGUGUUCCUGCUAGCCAAAGAAACUACUGAAGAGUUGGAUGUGGCCUUAUCUUACUUAGUGCAGAUGGAGAGUCAACAGUAUGGAGACAUUUUGAAGUGGGACUUCAGGGACACAUUUUUCAACCUCACCUUGAAAGAUGUGCUCUUCUGGAGCUGGUUCUCGCGCUCGUGCAGCAGCACUCGCUUUGUAUUUAAGGGGGACGAUGAUGUCUUUGUCAACACACCAAAAAUGAUAUCCUACCUCCAGGACCAGCUAAAGAAACCACAAGCACACAAGACAAUGAAAGAAUUCAUGGUGGGGGAUGUCAUAGCUGCAGCUGUACCAAACAGGGUAAACCAGUCCAAGUACUUCAUCCCCGACAGCUUCUAUAAGGGCCUCUAUCCUUCAUAUGCAGGAGGUGGGGGUGUUGUGUAUUCAGGCCUGUUGGCAAAACGCCUACACAACAUAUCUAAAAGGGUUAACCUGUUCCCCAUCGACGACGUGUAUGUGGGGAUGUGCAUGAUUCGGCUUAACGCUGACCCCAUCCAUCAGCCUGCCUUUCUCACAUUUGGCUUUCCUAAGAAGGAAGAGGAAAAGCCGUGUUCGUACCACACAAUCCUACUGGUCCACAAACGAAGCCCUGACCAGUUAGUUAAACUGUGGGCCGAUCUGAAAAAGACACAGGAAAAGUGUAGGGAUGUACCCCUGAGAGUGGAAGAGAAACCAAAACUGUAA